AUGAAGUCCCGAGUCUUGGCUCAUGAGGUGUCCGGACCACCAUCCAUGAUUGCUGGGGGAUCCGAAGAGGUGCAUCCCCAGAUUAGUGGCGAAUCCAGAGGGGACACAGAAGAAAGCGCCAUGGAUGAGUCAUCUAUGGCAAGCGCCAUGGAUGAGGCAUCUACAGCAAGCGACGCCGAUGCGACGGACGUGAGCGACGACGACGUCAGCACGGCGCCGAAUGAAGACGGCGAUGACGACUACCCCGACGAGGCCAUCCCCAUCGUCGCCUGCUGUAUCACGUGCCUGCUGAUCGUCAUGAUUAUCCUACUACCUCUCAUCUCCAGCCUCUCUGCCACUGACCUCAAUGACGAUGAUGACGGCAACUUCACCCUGAUCUGCGUAUUCGAGUACAUUACGUGGGACAUCUGGAACAAGACGGACCAGUGCACCGACUACGUCUACAUCCGGGCAUACUACUACGCCGUCAAUGUCAACCACGAGCCUCUCGUUUUCACCAGGAAAACGUUGAAGCGGAGGACUCACAUAUUGUACUACGACGACCCCAUGUACUGGUACAAUCUCGGUAUGGCGGACUUUGCGGUGAACUUCGUGCAACGCUUACGCUACGCCCACGCCGAUUGGUACCUCGGAAUGUGGGGUGCCACCUUCGUACGACUCCUAACAAGUCUGUGGGACACCAACAUCGUACGCGAUUCGCUCUACGAAUUGACUCACCGGACGAUGUUUGGCCCGAUCAACUCGUCGCGUUUCGACGGAUUCGCAAUCAUCAACUCGAUCAUCAAGGACAUGAGGGGAGCAUUUAAGGUCGAACAACAAUACAACGAGCGCAUCUUCAAAGGCACAAGCCAUCCAAUCAUACGGCCGGGCUGGACUUACUUGCACACUGCCGCCGUGUGGCCGGGAGGAGAGGACGUGGUCACCGACAGACACGUCAGGAACCUCCUCAGCGUCGCCGACAUCGUGGGCCUCAGUACGAGCAACACGACCGACGAACCCAACACGGUGCAGUUUGUGGGAGCCAGCCCCCGGUUCCUGUGGGCAUCGCCACCCAACCCGAUACGCGGAAUAUACCCGGGCAUUCGAGGAAUGUUGGAUAUGUUGCGAGAGUUCCCCAACUACAAGCGGCUCCUGAACCAAGACAGGAUCUGCUUCUCGAUCUCAUCGUCGAUAAACUACGCCCGGAACUUGUACCGCAAUAUCGACUUCAGGAUGGAGAUGGAGGACAUGGACGGCAGCGUCUUACGGUACACUCGCUACAGGUUCACUUCCAUCGACAACCACACCAAUCAAUACCCGUUGGAUUCGGAUAACUUCAAGUACGAGUUCAACGACACCACCUACACCCACUUUUGGAGCCUGCGCGUCGGGGGCAACCUCAAAGGGUUUUUCGCCUAUGACGACGCCAGUACGAUCGCUCACAAAAUGAGCGAGCUAUUGAAAGCCUACCCGGUCGACCGAUGUGUCGUGUUUGACGACCUCGGCGACGACAUGUGGGAGGCGAACUUCAAGCACGACGGCCGCACGAUCUCCUUCAAGAAGUACGAGAUGCUGCACGCCGUCUCCAGCGCCAUGGUGAAAAGAUACGGGCGGGCCUUCCCGUCCAAGUAUUAUUAG